GAUUUUUUUUAUUUUAUUAUUAUUAUUAUUAUUAUGUUUUUAUUUUUUGUGAUUUAAAUUGGAGCAAAUAGUGAAAAGUAGCCAAUAAGGAUCUUCAACACUUCAACACAACACAACAUUUCAGCUCUAUUUGUUGAUUUAUAACAUUUAAGAGCUUUACAAUUUUUCAGAAUGUGUAAAAUAAAAUAUAAUAACAAUUUGGUGUGUCCAUGCUGUUCUCUGUUGCGGAACAUGUAGUUUAGACAGUUUGGACAUGUUUAUUUUCAGUCUUUGAGCAGUACAGCAGUAAUCCAUCUCUGUUUCCUGCUUUAGACACAUAACAGUUUUAUAUCACAACACAUAUGGCUUGUUUUGCUUUCUCUGCUUUGUUUUGGGCUCCUACGGGGUGAUUCAUGUCCCAGUGUGGACGUGUGAGGUUGGAAAAAAAGUCGUGUGAGCAAGCGUCCUCAUUCUGUAUUUUCUGAUGGAGGCUUGUGUUGAUAUACAGUAGAGAUACGGCGUGAGAUGGGUGUGCGAGAGAGGACUCGUGAGCUACUCUUUCCAGCAACCCCAGCACUUUCCAGCGGCACAACUCUCCCCCUCUUUUCACCUCUAUCACACCAUCUGCUUAUUCUUUCUCUCGCUCUCUCUGCUGCCUUCCCACUCUCAACCUCUUUCAUCCUCGGUCUCUUCACCUGACCCCACUCUUCAGCCCACCGAUCGACAGCGCUUCACUUCCUCCUCCGUAUGUGCACCGUUCCUGCUCGUCUUCCUCAGCAUUUCCUCCUCCAAACACGCAUAAAUUCGCUCAGUCAAAUGACCUGUGACAAACUUACGAGUGUAAAAUGCAGUCAACGUUGCGUUCUUGUAAAUGUGCCAUGUCUGCCCUGACCCACUCCUUUCUUGCUUUCUCGGGGUCAGGAAGUGGGCAAGAGGGGGCGGAGGUGUGGGUGAGUAUAGCGUAGAGAGGUGACGGAGGGAGGAGAGAAGGAGGAGUGGAGAGUUCACCCCCUACUUGUUAUCAGUUUGUUCCUCCUUCUUGGCCACACACAGAGUCAAAGAGACGCAGAGAGAGUGAGACAGAGAAAGAGUUUAUUCAUGUGUGUGAGAGGAAGAGGACCUCACUGAACGACUGUACACAUAUUCAUCAACAUGACAAAGACAGGUCCUGUUGCAUCCAUGGACUACUCCCAUAUGUGGUUGCCAGGUAUGUGUCUGGAGCAUCUGGGGUGGUUGCCAGAUAUCAGAAUGUCAAAGCCAAUAGAGGUUGAGAAUCCAGCAGCAGACUCUCCGAUGGAGAGCACAGACUCAGAAAGAAAUGGCUCAGAUUCAAAUAAUCAGGUUCAGCCAAUGAAAAUCAGCCCUUUCUCUCUUUCUCCCACACUGAGCAGCAGCACCAAGACUAAGGUGGAGGAUUGUGGUGAGAUGUCUCCCGCUGCUGUACAAACUCCACCUGCUCAGACGCCCCUUCCCCACACACAGCUAAUGCUAACGGGUGGUCAGCUCGCAGGGUUGACUGCACUUUUGCCAGCACAGCAACAGCUGCUCUUACAGCAGGCGCAGCUCCUCGCUGCAGCUGUGCAGCAGUCGCAUGUGGCCCACGCGGCCAGUCAACAGCAAGCCCAGCAGCAGGCAGCUCAGCCGCAGUCACAGGGCCAAUCGCAGAGCACACAGGAACAAAACGCCGCAUCUGUCCCGCCGCAUCCUCCUCACCAGCUUUCUCUUUCUCAGCCAAUCCAGCUCACUGCGCAGGACAUUCAGCAGUUGUUGCAGCUGCAGCAGUUGGUCCUCGUUCCAGGACACACUCUGCCUUCACCCGCACAGUUUCUUUUACCACAAACACAGCAAGGGCAGCAAGGGCUGCUAUCAACGCCAAAUCUAAUUCCACUACCUCAGCAAAACCAAGGAAGCCUGCUGGCCGCUCCACACAGACUUAGUCUGCAAGCACAGAGGGAGAAGGUUGCAGAGAGCAGCGUGAACACGGUGACCACUCAUCCCGAAGAGCCCAGUGAUCUGGAGGAACUGGAGCAAUUUGCCCGCACAUUCAAACAGAGAAGGAUCAAACUGGGCUUCACACAGGGUGAUGUGGGAUUGGCCAUGGGGAAGCUCUAUGGGAACGAUUUCAGUCAGACCACCAUCUCUCGUUUUGAGGCGCUCAAUCUCAGCUUCAAAAACAUGUGCAAACUUAAACCUCUGUUGGAGAAGUGGCUGACUGACGCAGAAACAAUGUCGAUGGACAGCACCUUGCCAAGUCCCAGUGCUCUUUCCUCUGCCUCGCUGGGGUACGAGGGCCUGCCUGGCCGCCGUAGGAAGAAACGCACCAGCAUUGAGACCAACGUCCGUGUCGCUCUGGAACGCAGCUUCAUCUCGAACCAGAAGCCUACCUCAGAGGAGAUCCUGUUCAUCGCUGAAAAGCUCAACAUGGAGAAGGAGGUGAUCCGCGUCUGGUUCUGCAACCGCCGGCAGAAAGAGAAACGUAUUAACCCCUCCAGUGCCACCCCUCCCUUGCCCAGCCAACCCCAGCCCACCUCGCACAAACCCCCCUGCUACAGCCCGCACAUGAUGCCCAGUCAGGGACCAUCGCAGACAGUGAGCCGUCUCGGUACACCAGUGACCACUAUGUCAUCAGUUUGCCCUUUGACCCCAAAUGGACCCUCCUUAAGCUCUGCACCAUCUCCUGUGACCCCGCCUCCCCGCAGUGAUGCCAGCCCCGCCCCUCCGACUCACAGUACACUAAGUCUGAACACAGGUUUAUGGCAUAAAAAGAAUGGUGACGUUUCUAACUACAUCAAUGACUUUGCUGCACAUUUGAGGAAUAUGGUGAGGGGAGUUAACACAGGAAUGAACCAAGCUCUUCUUGGCUGCAACCCACUUGCUACUAUCCAAGCUCUAGCAGCCACUGGUGGCCAGCUGCCCAUUUCCAGUCUUGAGGGAAGCAGCAAGGUGUUAAUUGGUGGUUCUGGAGGCCAAGGAGCAGGUCUCCCCUCUUCCCUCUUUCUCAACCACUCCUCUUUGUUGCCCAUGGCAACAGGCACCGGCAUGGGAUUGGGCAGUUCAGCUCUUGCCAAAACCUCAUUUCCUGUCACAGGCGGCAUGAGUCCCUCCCCUUGCUCAAGCCCCAUCUCUUCCUGCUCUUCUGGCGAUUUGCUACACAGCCCACACUCGAUUGGAGGGGCUAAAAUCGAGUGACGUUGCCCAAGGCCAAUCACAUGAGGAGGAGAAGGAGGAGAUGAAACCUUACCUGUCAACCAAAGCAUCUCUUGAUCCCUCGCUCCCUUUCGUUUCCUCUCGUUCACACUCUCUCUCUUCCGCUCUCCCACUCUACUGAUGCCAAAAAUAUACAGAGUAGAAGAGGGGAGAGAUGGAGAGACGGAGUGGAAGCCGGAAGGAAGAGGAGAGGAGGGAAAAUGAAACCAAAAAAACACCAUGCGGCUUAGCUGGACGCAGCCAAAUACGUAAAUAAAAGGAGAACAAUAAACUAUGUAGUGCAGUAAGAAGAGGACAAAAAGAGAUCCUUGAGCACCAAAAACAACAAAGAGAACAAACUUUACUGUGUUAAAGAACUCUUUGAAGCAAACAUGUGGAUUACUGAAUACCAAAAAGUAUAAUGGAACUUUGAGAGACUCACUAUGACAAAAAAAUACAAGCAUACCAAAAUCUCAAAUACCAAAAAUAAACACCAAAAAUACGGAUGGAAAAGCUUUAUCCAAAGGACCUGUAAAUAGCCAACCGUCCAGGACCAGACCCAGUCACAACAAUCCAGCCAUCUCUGAGCUCAUCAUCUUAUCUGCCAUGCAAUCACAUCAUUUCUUUUAUGUUUUUUAUGAUUUAAUUUUAAAUAUGAAUGAGCCGGACUCCCAGUGCUGUUGUGUUUCUCUGGUUCUUCAUCAUUCUUGUCUGUUUUUUUUCUCAGAAGUAGCAGAUUUUUCCAUCUGUCUUCAUUGAAUGUUUCAGUACAUAUCAUCAUCAUAAUCGUUCCAUGUCUUAUCGAGCAUAUAGAAAGGAUUGGGUGUUUGGUCUUUGAUGUUCAUCAUAUUAGCACUGCAUAGCUUGAUGCACUUGUUUGUCUGAUGACAUGAAUGUCAUAUAGUGUAAUAAAAGUGAGACCAAGCUCCACUCUAGCUUUCACACCUCUAGUUAAGUGUAAAUACUCUCAUUUCUCUCUUAAUAAUUAAGUGCUUGUAUCCUUCCUCAUUCCAUUUCAUGCUUUCCUCACUCACUUUCUCCCUUUUGAAUACCAAAGUGAUCCAUUCAUACAUGAUCAGUUCAUCAUUCACAUGAUGCAGAAAGAGAUCAGGGGCCCAAACCUUGACGAGGCCGCUCUGUUAAGACAGCAUGGGAAACGGCGAAGGGGCUCCCAUCCUCUCUGCUUCUUCUACAAGCCUAAAAAUGGAGCAAAACUUCAAGCCAGCCAAGCUUCCCAUAAAGGAAAACCAAAAACGAACCAAGCCAAAAAACGGAUGGAGGAGUAAAGUGAGUCACUGUACAGAAAAAGAGUAUCCCUUCAUGCAUCUCUGGACCGAGGUCACCCAGAACCAUGUAGCAAGGGAUCUGCCUCUGCCUCCUGUCAUUCAAACUCUUCCUGGUCCUGGGUGGCGGGAUCUUUGAUGACCUCAGUGGACUUAUCUGAAGAAGAUGUUUCGGGUUCAUUUGGGGGUUGGGAGGGUUGUUACUUUUGUUCUUUCGUUCCGUCUGUCUGUUUUGUGGGACUUUUCUUGGCUGUGUGUGUAGAUUUGUGUGCUUUCGUUUGGGGAAAAGGUAUUCAUACGUAUUUGUGGAAAUCUCAUUUUUUACGUUCCUUACUUGUUCCUAUCUAGUUGUGUUAGAGACUCUAAUCAGGUGGUUGAAACAAUACUGUGAAAAAUCAGUUCAACAGAUAAGAAACCAGGAUAAACACGCUCAAGUACAUCCAAAGAACCAAAGUCAAGUAUAAACAAGCUUUAAAGAGAACCAAAUAUCACAUACACAACAAUUUACAUGCUCUCAUCCACCUUACCGUUGUAUUUAUAUUGUGCUGAAAUCUGUAGUCGGUGAGUGCUGCAGGUUCAACGAGGGAUGGCUACAUGAACUCAGUUCUCUACGUUACCGUAUAGUCUGAAUGGGUCAGUUAGUGCUUCUAUAGAUUUUGUAGUAAGUGAUCUAUGUUAUAAUGCUUACUAAUUGCUAAUGUAUGGAAGAAAAACAUUGUGAAAAGAUAAAAAAAUGUUGAUAUUUACUUAGACCAAAAAUUCACAUAUCUCUCUUUUGGGUUUUUGGGUUUUCUUCCUCCCCCAUUUUAAAAAUUAGAUUUUUUUUUUAUUCUCCUCUUGCUCGUUUGUGAAUUUCUU